CUCGAAUACCCCCCUGCCCUCUCCCCCCUAACCCUAAAUCCCCAAAAGCCAAAACGGCAGUCCUUCAAGUCUUCCUCAGCUGCUCAUCACACCAUACAUAGUUGAUCACCGCACCUCACCUCACCGCCGGCCUGUUGUCUUCUUCCUCCCCUCGUCCACCAACACGCUUCCUCGCAGUCUCUCUCAGUCUCGAAGACUCUCUCCCUCUGCUCCGUCUCGCUGGCUUCACAGUGUGUCUGAGUACGUCGAGUUCGGGGCUCCGCGUAUCUUGUCGUCGUCAUCGCGUCUCCUGCGUCACUGCUGCGGUGUUGCCUCUCCGUCGCUGCAGCGGACCUGCCUCUCCGUCGCUGCUGCGGUGCUGCCUCUCUGUCGCCAGAAUCUGCCUCAUCCAGGAUUCUGUACCACCAUCGAAGAACCUAGCGGAAGCCCCUGCUUUGUCGCUGCCUCUUCGUCGUUGAACCCACCACGAAUAAGUUCUCCACAUCUCCUCCAUCCUCCUCCAGCGACACCAGCCCGCCAUUCCGGUCUUCGUCAGGCCCAGCCGUCACCAUUCUUCCGGGCCCCUGAGCUUGAAGGCUUGAUUCAACUCCAGUCCGCUGAGCUCUGCCGUUGCCGUCACCUCCUCUAGCCGUGCAUUCCAGUUUCGGCCGUCGCCUCUCUUCUGUUCUGCUGCUCCUCUCUGUUCUCCGCCUCUCUCCCCUUGCCUCCCAAUCUGCUUCGCUGCCUCUCCUGUUCUCGCUUUAAGUGAGCUUGAGCUGACCUAACCGUGUGCAACCGUAAUAGCUAAGCUGAAGUUCAUUCUAAGAGUCAAUAGAUAUUUGCAGAAUCGGUGAUAAAAUGGGUUUAGGGUUGAGAAACUUCACUGAGAGAAACAAUAAUGGACAACCUGUCCUGGACACUGAGAAUGGGGAGGAACUCAUGCACAUGCAGCGUGGUGUGGACCUUGUGCUUGCCAACCUCCCUCCCAUCUCCUCCGGCACACUCUAUAUUACUACCAAGCAAGUGAUAUGGCUCAGCGAUGUAGACAACACCAAGGGAUAUGCUAUUGAUUUCUUGUCUAUUUCCCUCCAUGCCGUCUCAAGAGACCCAGAUGCCUACCCCUAUCCUUGUUUAUACACCCAGAUUGACACUAAUGCUGAAGAGGAUGGUUCCGAAAGCUCCGACUCUGAAUCCAGUGACAUACAGGAUUUAUCCAGGAUCACAGAGAUGAGGCUUAUCCCCUCUGAUCCUUCUCAAUUGGAUACUUUGUUUCAAGUAUUCUGUGAGUGUGCAGAGCUUAAUCCAGAACCAAAUGAUGAGGAAGGAGAAGAGCAUGAUUGGGUUUUCAGUGCUGAUCAGAUGGAAGGGGAAGAGGAAGAGGAAGAAGGUUAUAUCUCUGCUAAUCCACCGAACUCUCUUGGUCAGUCAAAUGGACAUCAUGAUCUAGCUCGUACAGUACUUGAGCUUCAUAUCAACGAUCAGCGUUUUGAGGAUGCAGAAGAGAUGGAGCACGGUGAGGAUGGCACCCAUAAUUGAGUGGCUGUGUUUAGCCGAACAUAGCAUAUGAACUGUUGGUUAUGUUAUGUAAAUUAGUAUGAAAAUCCAAUUAGGGGAUUAUAUACUUUUGAUAAUUGAUGGACAAUUAUGCGCGACUAAUGAAUUUUGUUUCAUGUUU